CCAAGAUAAGCAGUUACAUUUUCUACAUUUUUAUAUUAGCUUGCUGGCACUGUUCUAAGCUGUGACAUUAAGACAUUCACUACAAGUGACUUCUCUGCUCAAUAACAAGCAAAAACAAGAAUGAACCUGGUGAUACUUGCUACUCUCCUAAUCUGCUGCGUUCCUGAUGCCAAGCCCUGCCCAGCGUCCUGCAACUGCAGCCUGCUGGGACACAAGGGCUUGCAGGUUGACUGCAGCUCCCGGUGGCUGAAGGAGGUGCCAACCCUGCCCGACAACACGGUCUUACUUUACCUACAGAAAAACAUGCUGGCGGGCAUUGAGGCCGGUAGAUUCGACAGACUACACCGCCUGCAGCGCCUGGACCUGUCCCAGAACCCCUUGAGCUGCGACUGCGGCAUCGUGUACCUCAAACAUUGGUUGGACGACAAUGCCAACGUGUCGGUGACGGGGGCCACCUGCAAAGGCCCAGCUAGCCCAGAGACACCGACCAUUAUAACCCAGCUUAGCGGCAACGAGUUUGCGGGCUGCAGCAGCACCAAUCCGAUCGACUGCUGGGGUCUCCUCAAAAUAGUUCUGAUCAUGUUGGGUGUUUUUGUCCUGCUGGUACUCAUUCCUGCGGCUUAUUUGUAUUGGAUUUCAAAACGAUUAGCUUGUUGUGUUGCGAUGACAAUGGACACUGUACUUUAUAGAAGAACUACAGUGAGGAGGCUAAAAUCCCAAUAAAAAGCAAACACGUAGGGCAUGUUCUAUAAAAACACACACAAUAACCAGGCACGUUUCCAUUGUAUAGCGGAGAUCCUAUGUAUAACGUUUGGCACUUCUACUGAAUAAACAGCAUCACAUGACCUUUGUUUUUGCUUUUGUUCUAUUGCGGCUAUGUACCCUUUUUCAGGGAUAUCAACACGCUCAAGCUUGGACCGGUGUGUUGUAUAUCAAUUGCAAGAGAUUCGAGUGUCCAAAGGUCCAGCUGUUUGAAAAUUAAAAAUCACUGGCGGUACAAAUCAUUUUAGGUGGCCAAAGUUGCUUUUGCACACUCAUCUUUACCAUGUAUUAAAUAAAGUAAAGCAGCUUAGAGCACCUUGUGUACCAAUGACAUGAAAAAAAAAUUCAGAGUGCAAGUGAGGCUCUUUAAAAAAGGUAUGGAAAAGGAACCACUAGUUAGACCAACUCAAUGGACCUUCGUACAGCGUUACAAUACUGGAUGAUACUUUGUGAACAUUUAUGAAUACUGGCAUUUUGGAUUGUUUAGGGAAUACAAGGUUUUAAAAAAAUAUGUAUUUGAUUAGCAAUGUCAUUACACUAUUUAAAGCCUAGCAUGAAUCUAUGGAAAAUCCCACAGCAUAGCAAAUAUAGAAAGUAGCCAGAUAGUCUACUAUACAGCACAGCUUCAGCCGGGAGUGGCUGGUUCUUUCCGCUACUGCAGUUCAUUACUCGAGGGGUCCUUA